GUGAAAAUUUCUUCUCACCAAACAAUAAUUUUAUUACAAAAUGUCCAAAUUCCAAAUUCCAGAAAUCAUCACAUUUGUGGUAUGGGACUACCUUGUUUUUGGAGCACUGUUUUUGAUAUCCGCCGGAAUUGGGGUGUUUUUUGCUAUUAAAGAGAGAAAAAAAACAACCACGGCGGACUUUCUUGUUGGUGGUAAACAGAUGACAUGUGGACCAGUAGCCUUAUCCCUGACUGCCAGCUUUAUGUCUGCUGUGACAAUUCUAGGGGCCCCAUCUGAAGUCUAUCGUUUUGGGGCCUCCUUUGUUUUAUUUUUUAUUGCCUAUGCAUUUGUUGUCUUUUUUUCAGCUGAGCUAUUUGUGCCCAUGUUCUACAGGGCCGGAAUCACCAGUACAUAUGAGUACCUAGAACUGCGGUUUAACAGAGUUGUCCGGUAUGCAGCAACAAUUAUGUACAUUGCACAAACGAUACUUUACACUGGAGUAGUGGUCUAUGCACCAGCAUUGGCUUUAAAUCAGGUGACAGGAUUCAACCUCUGGGGAUCGGUAUUCGCCACUGGCAUUGUUUGCACCUUUUACUGCACAUUGGGUGGACUGAAGGCUGUUGUGUGGACAGAUGCCUUCCAGAUGGUGGUUAUGGUUGUCGGAUUUUUGUCUGUUCUUAUUGAAGGAACGAUUCAGAACGGAGGGCCAAGCAAAGUAUGGCAGACUGCAAUAAACGGAUCGCGUCUGGAUAUUGCUGACUUUGAUGUGGAUCCAUUAAGAAGACAUACCUUUUGGACAAUUGCAGUUGGGGGAACAUUUACAUGGCUGGGAAUCUAUGGAGUCAACCAGUCAACAGUACAGAGGUGCAUUUCCUGCAAGUCAGAGAAACACGCAAAACUAGCCCUUUAUCUUAACUUGAUUGGUCUCUGGAUUAUCUUGGUCUGUGCAGUGUUCUCUGGUUUAGUCAUGUACGCACACUAUGAGGGUUGUGAUCCUUGGACUGCUGGAUUUAUUCAAGCUCCUGACCAGAUGAUGCCCUAUUUCGUUAUGCAUAUAUUCUCAAAAAUGCCAGGACUUCCGGGUCUCUUUGUAGCUUGUGCCUUCAGUGGGACAUUAAGCACUGUGGCGGCCAGCAUCAAUGCUCUCGCUACUGUCACCUAUGAAGACAUUGUUAAGAGUUUCUUCAAGAACAUAUCAGACAAGAAGAGCACCUGGAUUAGUAAAGGCUUAUGUGUCCUGUUUGGUAUUCUCUGCACUGUCAUGGCUGUGGUUGCAUCGCUGAUGGGUGGAGUAGUACAGGCUGCACUUAGCAUCCAUGGGAUGUGUGGGGGCCCCAUGUUAGGAUUAUUCUCUUUGGGCAUUUUGUUCCCAUGGACCAACUGGAAGGGUGCUCUAGGAGGUCUGUUGUCAGGAAUCACCAUGUCAUUCUGGGUUGCCAUUGGAGGAUUUAUAUAUCCUGCUCCUACAUCCAAGUCACUUCCUUUAAUUCUAAGGACAGAUCAAUGUAAAUUGCUUAAUGAAACAAUCAAUGGCACAUUGUCCACAGUCCUACCUACAACCCUAGCUACCACUGUUCAACCAGAAAGGUCAGUGUUGGCAGAUAACUGGUACAGCUUAUCAUACCUCUACUAUAGUGUUGUGGGCUACAUUUCAUGUGUCAUCAUUGGGCUUUUAAUCAGUUUUAUAACAGGUCGCGAGCAUGGAAGAAAUAUUAAACCACUAUUUAUUAGACCAGUCUGCAAUCUUAUCUGCUUCUGGUCAGACAAGUACAAGAAAAAAUGUUGGUGUGGUGUUCCACAUGAUGAAGAAGAUGAAGAGGAACUGGAUGGAAUGGCUCUAAAGAAGGACGUUAAGUUGACUCCAGCCCAAGAAAAAACAAUAGAAAACUCCUACACGAAUGACUCCACCAACAAGCCUCCACCUGGUUAUAAUGCUGAAGAGAAAUCUUACACAAACACAGAUGUAGAUAAAGAAUGCAAGUUGUAAAUAAAUUAUUGACUACUAAAGCAGGUCAUACACAUUGGGUUAUUUUUGGACGUAUCCACCCAUUUAAUGUAUAUGUGACUUCCCAACUCUUCACUGUUAGCAGAUGACUUGGACAAAGAUUAGGCAGGGGGCAAACACCUUUUGCUGUGUCCAUUGAAAAUGCAUGCAUACUUGGUUAAAAUGAGUGGGCAUGUGUACUGGGGAUUUGGACACAUAGUUGUCAGCUAAAUGUACCUGUCAUUAUGAAUUACCAAUCAGGGUCUGAGUGUUUAGACCCCAAAAAAUUAUUAGAACAAGUGGAGGGAGAAGCACCUUCUCUCCCCACUUUAUGUCUAUGUGAGUGAGACAGUCCCAUAAAAUUACAUUAUACAGUGACACAGAGCAAGGAGAGAAUGCGCUAAGCUUUACCCAUCCCAUUCUAGUCAUUGGUAGGGUUCUGAACAUAACCCUGAACGAUCAAAACUUUGGUAUGUCUCUGACAUUUUUUUAUAAUAAAAAUAGCAGAAACAAACAGCUGUCCUGCACUCACCACAGCAGUACGGGUCAUACGGCGGUUUCGCACAGUGUGGUAUGCUGGGCCAUAAGAAGUUUACCAUGCUGAGCGAAACUGCCUGCAGUCGCCUCUGAGCGCUUUGUCUUCCCGUCUGUCGGAGGUCGCGAAGAAGAGCCAUAUGACCCGUACUGCUGCGGUGAGUGCAGAAUAGCUGUUUGUUUCUGCUAUUAUUAUUACUCAUGGAUGCUGUUUGAUAUUGUCCUAGCAUCACCGCUGGUCAAUGCCUAGAGUACCCGCGGUGCACAUCCAGGUCUCAUAUAGUGGAGGUGCCACAUUGGGUGGUUGCAGUGCCGCUUUGAUUUCUUUUGAGUUGUCUUUUUUUAUUUUUUAUGAUGACAGUACACAGCACCAAAUGUACAUAGUGUCACAGUCAUUGAAAAUCAUUUUCGCUUAUUUCUUUGUCUCUGUCCUCUAAUUUGUUCAUGCACCAGUGGUAUUGUGCAGAAUUGCUGUAUAGUAUUUAUUUUCAUUGAUUGUGCGUUUGAUAAUGUAAUAUACUGGACACUGGACAAAAUAUUAAGAGAAAUUAGACAAGUCGUGACCCUCAUGGCAUGUUCAUUGGAACUUGGAAAAAAUACCACACAUGAUUAAGAAAGACUUUAAAAAAAAACUCCAAUCUCAGCCCAUUUCAAUAUAAAUAUCACUUUUUGUAACAAUCUUAUUGAAUGGAGACUGAGUCAAGUACUGGGAAAAAAAAGGGAUGGGAACUCACCCAAGAUUCCCUCUCAAGGGCUGGUCCUGCAUGACUCCUGCUAAUGGGAAUAGUGUUUCUGCUGAGGAAAAAGUGAAGGAACUCCGUUCCCAUGCGUUCCUGCAGGACUUGAGCCCUGACUGAGUGUACUGGUAAAUCACAAUUAAAGGGGUAUUCCGGGCACAAACAUUUUAUCCCCUAUCACCUGGGAGGUGACAUCACGCCACGCCCCCUCCAUUCAUGUCUAUGUGAGGGGGCGUGACGGCCGUCACGCCCCCUCCCAUAGACAUGAAUGGAGGGGGGCGUAGUGUGACAUCACGUCCCCAGUUCCAGAAACCCGCCCCCCUCAAUCAGACAUCUUAUCCUAUAUCCUUUGGAUAGGGGAUAAAACGUUUUUGCCGGGAAUAACCCUUUAAUGAUCUGACUUAUAGUAGUAUGAUAAUUUUCUAUAGCAUCUAAGAGUAACCAGCAAUGUUUCUUUCUAUUACCCAACUUACUGUCACUUGCACUUCAGCACUGCAGAGUAUAAUAUGCUGUUUCAAUCAGGAAGUAAUAAACUCGAAGCCGUUCUGUAAUUACCUUUUUAUUUCAUUGCUAUAAUAUUACUAUUACUAUUGCUAUUAAUAUUACUAUUAAUACUAUAAUAUGCUUUUAAAAUAAUUUUGCCAUGUUCCAUUUUAAGUGUAUGUUCACACUGAGAAAUUGACGUGGAAUUUACUUACAUAAUUCCACACCAUUAUUCAGCUCCAAUGUCGCCUUGAGUAUAAGUUUUAUGGACAUUUUUCCACCACUUUGUUCACAAUUUCCACAGAUGAAAUUCUGACAUUGAAUUGUAUUACACAAGAAGAAUGAACAGUUUCAUUCUUUUAGCAGAAUCCACAGGUAAAAACACAUUUAAGUCAAUGCAACUUAGUUUUUCCUGAAAAAAAUGAGUUUGGAACUUAAUUUAUGCAGAAAUUUAUACAGAAUUAAUACACAUAGGAGACCAUGAAACCUCUGGCCUCCAGUAGGUAUAUAUUUAUUCACACAUUCAUUUAUUAUUAAUAUUUCAAGAAUAUACAUAUGCAUAUGUUAUAUUAUCUAUCUAAUCAACAUCACUAAGUGUGAAUACUAGCCUGUCAAUACAGCCACACAUUCCUGUGAUCCAUAACCGCAUUUUGAUAAAGAUUCUUUGUUCAGCUGCCAAUUAAAAAACUGCUAUAAAUAUGAUGAGAUUUAUUUCAGUAACACAGCUACUGAGGAAGGGGGUAGAAUACUUUGUUUUAAGCACCCCGAAACGUGUUUAGCCAAGUGCCAAAAAGACGCAUUGUGACAGUAUCACGGACUAUAAGCCACUACAAGUCCAAUACCAGUUCCAGCUUAUGAGAGACACCAUUUGGAAAUCCAAUACUCCCAUUGCUAUCCAUCUUCCAGAAUCACAAUCUAUCUGCUGUCAUCUGAUCCACCUGCCGCUCCGAUCUUCUCAUCCACUGUUUCCAUCAUCCGCUGAUGUCAGACGCAACCACCACGAGGAAGCGCCAUCGGUCUGCACAUACGGACCUUUGGAGCUCCUGCACAGCAAUCACUGGGUCUAGCGCCCUCUGGACCAGCCGCACUCGGCACUUGCAAGCGCACUCAGGCAGGUCUGCUAACCACAAGUGCAAGUAGACCACCGCAUAUCAGCGAGAGGAGACGGCACCCACAGAGAAGCUGGUAACAUAUUACAUCACAUAAUCAGUGGCAACAUUUUUAAUAUUAUAUGGACAUUUAAUCUCACUACUAGAAUUAUUGUUGGACUAUCAGACAGUCUAUUGCCGGACUAUCAAUUAGUUAGUCAUAUAUUGCCAGACUAUCAGUCAGUUAGUCAUCCCAUUGCCGGACUACCAAGUAGUUGCUAUUAUUCAAGUAAUUUUUAUGUUCUAUGUCACAUGCAUGUUAUGAUAUGUAUUAUUUCAUCAUUCCUCCCACGAGGGCCCUGUGAGGGGACUUUAUAUGCAAUUUUUAUAUUUUUUAAU